GACUUCCUGCUCCGUGGAGGCGAACGUCAUCCGCCGGUGCCGGGUGGGUCGUACAGGUCUGUGCGGCUUCGAGCAGUGGUGGGCAGGGCGCCUUUAUGAGGCGCGAGCGGAGAAGGCGGUGUGGAGCGUGGGUCUUACCUCUGCGUCCUUGUACGAGCCUGAUACCCGCCCCUCAUUCUCUAUAACGGGGUGUCACGUGAGCGCCUGCUGUCCCUGCAGCCCUGGGCCUCGAGCGCGCUUCACAGCGGGGAAACUGAGGCUGGGAGUGAGACCGUCAGCCGAGGUCGCCCCGCUCUGGGGGCCCUCGGCCGCCACCCCCUCCCCGGGCCCCGCUCUGUGCACAGGGUCCCACGAUGGCGGCGGCGUGGAUGGCCCCUGCGCGGUCCUGCGGCAGUGCCGGAGUUCCGACAAGUGUUUGGUCAGUGCCUGGAAGGUGAAAGUGAUGCUUCCUUCCGCGGGCGUCCGUCACUCACAGAUCCAGCCCGCCCGGGGACCUGCAGGAGUCCCCAGAAGACCUGUGUGAUUUCCAUGGCCCCCCGUCCCCAUCUGUCGAGACCUACCCUGGGAGGGCCAGCCUCUGUGAUCAUUUGCUGACCGUUCCAUCAUACACUCUGCCAGGACAGACAGUGGUAAAUCGGAGGCUGUUCUCAUGGCCGCAGCCUGCUUGCAUCGUCCUCAGCAGCUUCCGUUCUCUGGGCCGGAAGUAGUCUUUCCUCAGCGAUGGGUGCCGUGAGGACCCAGGCAGGCGGGUUUGAGUUCCGGCAGAGUCGCCAAAGGAAAGGAAAGAAGACUCCAGUAGGAAAAAGAAACAAUGGCUCAUUGUGGAUUCUCCCUGGCAGUCUGAGGAGCAGAAGGCAUUGGCACCUGAUCCAGGCCCUGCCACUUCCCAAGCAGGUGCCACCACCUCAGAUGCUGGUGACCUUCGAUGAUGUGGCCGUGACUUUUACCCAGGAGGAGUGGGGGCAGCUGGACGCGGCCCAGAGGACCCUGUACCAGGAGGUGAUGCUGGAAACCUGCAGGCUCCUGGUCUCUCUGGGCUGUUCUCUACCCAAACCAGAGCAGAUCUACCCACUGGAGCGGAGCCCAGAGUUAUGGACACUGCAGAGAGGCCUCUCCUCUAGCAACUGCCCAGGUGACAAUAUAAAACCUGAGACCACCGAGCCUUCCCCUUCUCACCUUGCCUUGUCUGAGGAAACCUCACCACGGGAGCAAAUGACUUCACGAGCCCCAGGGUACUUCCAGCUUGGGCAAGGCAAGAGUCAGGAUAGGCCAUCAGAAAUGCUGGAAGGCCAGUUGGAACCAGGAUCAGACCCCCUGAUGGAAAAGCUCCCUGGAAACAUGAAGCCCGAACAUGAUGGUUUAGGGACAGAUGAUAGUCUACACUCAAGGAUUGUACAGGAGCUGAUCCCUGCGGGACAUGUCCUCCAUGAACAUGACUCACGGGGACCACUGAAAGAUCCCUUGAUUCGUGAAGGGAGACGUCCCUAUAAGUGUGCAGAAUGCGGGAAAGUGUUUACCAAGAACUGCUUUCUUGUUCGACAUGAGCAGGUUCACACUGGAGUGAAGCCCUAUGAAUGCACCGAGUGCGGGAAAACUUUUAGCAAGAGCACACACCUCCUCCAGCACCACAUGAUCCACACGGGGGAGAGGCCCUACGAGUGCAUGGAGUGCGGGAAGGCCUUCAACCGCAGGUCGCACCUCACGAGGCACCAGCGGAUUCACACUGGGGAGAAGCCUUAUAAGUGCAGUGAGUGUGGAAAGGCCUUCACCCACCGCUCCAAUUUAGUCUUGCAUAACAGGAGCCACACUGGAGAGAAACCCUUUGUGUGCAAAGAAUGUGGAAAAGCCUUCCGAGAUAAGACAGGUUUCCUUCGACACUACAUCAUCCACACAGGAGAGAAGCCCUUCGAGUGCCUGGAGUGUGGGAAGGCCUUCAACCGCCGCUCACAUCUCACGUGGCACCAGCAGAUUCACAGUGGAGUGAGACCCUUUGAAUGCAACGAAUGUGGGAAAGCCUUUUGCGACAGCACAGACCUCAUUCAGCACUAUGUCAUCCACACGGGGGAGAAGCCCUACAAGUGCCUGGAGUGUGGGAAGGCCUUCUACCGCCGGUCACACCUCAAGCAGCACCAGCGGAGUCACACCGGCGAGAAGCCCUAUGUGUGCAGUGAGUGCGGAAAGGCCUUCACCCACUGCUCCACUUUCAUCUUGCACAAAAGGGCCCACACCGGAGAAAAACCCUACGAGUGCAAAGAAUGUGGGAAAGCCUUUAGCAAUCGGUCAGACCUCAUCCGACACUUCAGCAUCCACACUGAGGAGAAGCCCUAUGAGUGCAUGGAGUGCGGGAAGGCCUUCAACCGCCGCUCAUACCUCACGAGGCACCAGCGGAUUCACAGUGGAGAGAAGCCCUAUGAGUGCGUGCAGUGUGGCAAAGCCUUUUGCCAGAGGGCAAACCUCAUUCGACACGCCAUCAUCCACACCGGGGAGAAGCCCUAUGAGUGCAGUGAGUGUGGAAAGGCCUUCACGUACUGCUACACUUUCAUCUUGCACAAAAGGGCCCACAUUGGAGAAAAACCUUUUGAGUGCAAACAAUGUGGGAAAGCCUUUAGCACUAGGAAGGACCUCAUCCGACAUGUCAGCAUUCACGCUGGGGAGAAGCCCUUCGAGUGCUCUGAGUGUGGGAAGGCCUUCAACCGCCGCUCGGGGCUCACGAGGCACCAGCGGAUUCACAGUGGAGAGAAACCCUAUGAAUGUGUCGAGUGUGGGAAAUCCUUCUGCUGGAGCACAAGCCUCAUCCGACACUCCGUCAUCCACACCGGGGAGAAGCCCUAUGAAUGCAGCGAGUGUGGAAAGGCCUUCAGUCGUAGCUCCUCCCUCACUCAGCAUCAGAGGAUUCAUACUGGGAGACACCCCGUCAGUGGCAGCGCAGCAGAAGUGGGGAGACCCUUCACGAGUGGGCAGUCCUUGGUCACCCUCUAAGCACUCCACAGGGGAAAGACUUUUGAAUGUAGCCACUGAGGAAACCUCUUAUUCAGAAUCCGAUCGUUCAUACCAAAGAGAAACCCUUCUGUUGGAGGAUAUCGGUUGUCAUCUGAGGAGUCAUACUGGAAAUUCACCCAGCC